GAGAAGAAGACGAUGGCCUACGAAAUAUCAGCUGACAUCCUUGACAUCGCCACAUCGAUGUUCAAGUACCCAUGGCUGGAGUACCCAGAGAGGACCAAAGAACUCAGAAAAGCCAUGGCUCCUGUUCGCCUGCCCUUGUCCCGCUACCAGGUAAGACACCUAACUUUUGCCACCCUGGGAACUUUGUUGAAGUAGGAGCGUCAGCAGAUGGUCCCUUUUCAUUAAGGUCAGUUCACAGAACCCUUACACACUCACCCCUGGGGCUUCCACUAACUCUGUGUGACCUUGGACAAGUCACUUUCCCUCCCUGAGUCUCAGGAGCUUCCUCUGUCACAGGCUCCCUGUCCUGAUCCAUUUGUAGAGUUGCUACAACAUAUUAUCUGUAAGGCCUGGGCUAUGCAGGCAGUGCUUAAUAAUGAGUCAUUAUUCAUUAGCACAGGGAUCCUCAUAGUUAGAGUUGCCAAAUAAAAUACAGGAUGCCCAACUAAAUUUGAAUUUCAGAUAAACAAUGAAUACUUUUUUAGUAUAAAUAUGUCCCAAAUAGGGUAUCCAAUACCUAAAAUCUAAAUUUAACUGGACGUCCUGUUUUUCAUUUGCUUGGUUUUCACUAAAUCUGACAACCCUGCUCAUUGUGAAUCAAUACUACACUUUCUGAAAAAAAUGGCAAAGAUUUGACAAUCUUCACUAUGAUCUUCUCAAUCACCAAACUGAAAACCACCGGCUGAAGCCCCUCUUCUUUGUUGCUCAAAGAACUGACUCUGAGGAAGACUGGAGAAGAAAUAGGAAUGAAUCCAAGCCAAAUCUGCAGAGAAAGCCCCUGACCUACACACAACCCUUCACUACAAUCAGAGCUACAGUUUCACAACCAUUUAAGAGAUAGAUUUUUUUAAGUUUAUUUAUUUUGUGAGAGAACAUGUGCAUGAGUGGGGGAAGGGCAUAGAGAGGGAGAAAGAGAGAGAAUCCCAAGUGGGCUCCAUGCUGUCAGCGUGGAGUCCAACACGGGGCUCGAUCUCAUGAACCCUAAGAUCGUGAUCUGAGCCAAAACUAAGAAUCGGGCACUUAACUGAGCCACCCAGGCGCCCCUAAGAGAUAGAGUAUUUAAAGAAAUUCUGCUUUUCCAAUGACACUGUUAAAUUCCAUGAGAGCAGGGUAACACCUGCCUCCCCAGCACCUAGGACAAUGCUUGGCACUUAGGUGCUCAGUAAGUACCUGCUGCAUGCCUGAAUGAAGGAGCAGUAGCCUGUCUUUUCCCCUCUUUACUCCACAUCUGCCUCGCCCCUUGCCUUUCCUAUCUCCUUGCCCUGAAGGCCUUCUCAAAGUGCUCUGAGAUCCUCAAAUAACCAAAUUGUGUACUAAGACUGGUUUACAGAUCAACAAUGGCUUCACAGUCUUUAUCCCAUUUGUCCUUUGCAACAACGGGUACAGAAAGAACAAGGAUUCUUAGCUCCACUCUGCAGAUGAGAAGACUGAGAUCUUGGUGGGUGAAGCAACUUGCCCAAGUCACACAGGGUAGGGGUAGGAAGUCCCGGACUCUAGCUCAGAUGAGAGACUGAAGGGUGUCUCUCUUACCUAGUCCCUUUUUUUUUUUAAUGUUUAUAUAUUUUAAGAGAACGAGAAGGGGCGGGGCAGUGAGAGAGGGAGAGAAUCCCAAGCAGACCCCUGACUGUCAGCACAGAGGCCUACAUGCGGCUUGAUCCCACGAACCAUGAGAUCAUGACCUGAGCCGAAAUCAAGAGUCGGGAUGCUUAACUGACUGAGCCACCCAGGCAUCCCACCUAGUCCCUUCUUAUCCUGGUCCUUUUCCUGGCUGAGGAACACCCCCCUGCCACUGUUGUGCCACUCACACCCCCCAGAUGCCAAAGGAGGAGUUUCCCCCUAGCCCAGAGUGCUGGAGGCAGCACCCAAGCAAGCCACUUUCAGUGCCUUACUGCUACUGCAAGAAGCCUGAGGUCUACACACACUGGCACACCCUAUGUGAUAAGCGACAAGAACGGGAGGCCGAGAAGAUGCUGCGGAAAAUGAGAGAUCACCCUAGGCAACUCAAAGAGGGCACCCCCAUCCAAAAAUUCCAUCUCCCUAUGAGCAAGCUGACUAUACAAUCUCAGAUGGGAUCCAAGCCCUCAGACCCUGCUGGGGACCCCCUGAAGUGGCAAAGAUUAAAGGUCAGGGACCACGGUGGGAGGGAGAAUGGGGAGACUCCCUUUGUGGGUGUCCUUACCUUGGGCUCACAUUAUCCUUCAGCCCUCAGUCCCUGCCUGCAAAAUGGAGGGAGGAAAGGAAAAGGGACUGGAUUGGAUGAGCACCUGUUUGAAGUUCUACAACUAUAUUUAUCCCUUUCUUCCUUUCCACUGGCUCCCUUGGAUGGGCAGGAACUCACAAAAAGCCUGGAAUCUCCCAGAGAGCCUGAGCAAUUCUAUGCAGCACAGGCUCUGGGGUGCCUGGGCGUCAGUGAGCAGUUUGUCAUGGAGGCACUAUGGCAGGUGGCCCAAACCGGUUCAGAGAAAGUGAAGUCUGAGGCCUGUCGAAGCCUGGCCCUCCUGGGUUGCCUGAAUAAGCACGUGAUCCAGGUUCUCAUCACACAGUUGAAGGGGCAAAAUGAGGAGGAAAGGAUGGAUUCUCUGACACGGCUACGAGUGGCUCUCAACUCCCAGGCUGCUGUCCCCAAAGACAAGGUGACUGGGAGGAGAGUCAGUAACUGGGGCAAGAGAACUCAAGUCGGGGAUGAAGAGAAGUUGGUGCCUGUUCUGCAGAUGCUGAUAAAGAAGUCAUCAAAUGAAGCAGCUGUGGAGGCAGCCUUGUGCUUGGGUUUCCUGAGGCCCUGCAGCAAAAUAGCCCAAGAGUUCUUGCUGCAAUGCCUAAGCCAAGGGUCCAAAACCCAGCGGAUGAAGGCACUUAGGAUGCUGGUCAAGAUGAUGCAUGUACACUCAGCCACAGUCAUCAGGGCCAUCCUAGACCAGCUGUGCUCUUCUAGUGUCCUGGAGCACCGCUUUGAAGCCACCCAGAUGCUCAAGACCAUUGGACUGGAAAAGAUCCAGGCACAAGGGCUGGAGGGAUUCACAUUUGACCUGCUCUGGAGGAAGACUUACAAUGAACCUUUCCUUGCUAUGAGGCAGGCUGUGGCUGAAACUGUGGAAGAGCUGAAGAUGAAGCCUACGAUGAUGAACCUGGUGGAGGCGCAACUAAUGAACUCAAAUGCCACUGCGCGCCAGGAAGCAGUCAUCUCUUUGGGCGUCCUGGGGAUCCACAGCCCACAAGUGUUCCACUUGCUGUUGGACAUGCUAGAUGCGGAAAAGAGCCAGGCUGUGAAGAACAGUCUACAAGAAACAUUAACUCUCCUGGCCUCAACUGAUCCUUGGAUCCAAAACAAGCUAAAGAACAAGGUUAUCUUUGUAUAUGAAGCACCUAAGACCAAUGAGGAGGCAGAGCCUACAAGGUUCCGGAAAGACCUUGAGAACCCAGAAGAGUUAAAUAUCCAAGACUUUCAACUAGCACAGCUGAACCCCUUGUUUAUUGCAAAGUCCAGAGCCACAUCAGACCAACAGAAAAAGCUGAGUGCCCAGAGAGAGUCUGCCUUCUAUCUCACUUCUACCUUCCCAACAUGUUUCUCUAAACCAAAACACAAGGCACAGGCCACAGGGCCCUGGGUGCCAGGGAUCAGGAAGCAGCUCCAGAUCCUUGCUAAAACCUCUAAAUAGGUCAGUUCUUUGGGCCUAGCCCCCAUUCUCUUCCUGAUGUUACUUCUCAGGUUCCCCUGGGAAAACAACCUAUAAUUACCUUCCAUGAAUAAAUGA